UCCUACUUUGAGAACUCGGCAAGAUCCACGGCAAUUAACUCCUCUGGCUCUUAGAAAAUUCUGGCUCUAAAUCAGAGAUAAACUCACAAGCAAAGCACCAGUGCAUGCAGCAUUACCGGAAUGAAUCUGAAAGUUGGGGACAAAUUCUGCAGGAGCCUCUUUCAAAACACCAUCAAAGAACUGGGGCUCCAGGAUCGCUAAGAGAUGGGCCUAGCAGUCACAGCGGCAGGAAAAGCGCGGGCCAAUUUGGAAAUGGGCAGGGCCAGGGAUUGUCGGGCAGACCGAACCGGCCACCUGGUGUGAAGUAACUUCCUUUUUCACUUUUGACCGUUUCUCUUUGGAAUAGCAGCAUCUCGACCGCAUCGCAACACCCGGCUACAAGCCUGGAGGCCUCCCAGCUGACGUAGGGAGCGUCCGCUGGGUCGCGAGCUGGAGCGGGGAGCGCAAGCGGCUGGGAGGAGCGGCGGGCGGGGGUAGGGGGCCACACGCCGGCGCAUUGCAGUCACGGGGCGGGUCUGGAGGCGGUGGAUUGUGGUUCCGGUUCCGUCGCGGAGACACGUGAAGGUCGGUGAGUUGCUGCGGAGUUCCUCUCGGCACGCGUGGCGGCGCUGGGAUGGAUGCCUCCUCGUCUUCGUCCGCGGCGGGUUUGGGCUCGGUGGACCCACAGCUGCAGCAUUUCAUCGAGGUGGAGACUCAGAAGCAGCGCUUCCAGCAGCUGGUGCACCAGAUGACGGAACUUUGUUGGCAGGAAAAGUGCAUGGACAAGCCUGGGCCAAAGUUGGAUAGUCGGGCUGAGGCCUGUUUUGUGAACUGCGUUGAGCGCUUCAUUGAUACAAGCCAGUUCAUCUUGAAUCGACUGGAACAGACCCAGAAAACCAAGCCAGUUUUCUCAGAAAGCCUUUCUGACUGAUCUCAGCAUUACCUCUUUGGAAAAGGAAGGUAGUCCAAGAAAUGAAGAGCUGUUGAUGGGAUAGUUGAAGAAAAGGCUAUGGGGGGAUUGGCUCCCACCUUUGUCACUCUUGGGACAUCCUGUCAUCUGAGAAUGAACAAAGACCAGUUUUGUGUGUGUGUGUAUGUGUGUGUGUGUGUGUGUGUGUGUGCGUGCGCGCGCGUGCACGCUUUGAGGGACAUGUGUAUUUGGCUGUGUUUUUUAAUGCUAAUCUUGUGAAAACAAUUGACAGAUGAAUGGAAAACUCUACUAGAUGCAUAUUACUGUAUGUGGGACUGUGCUUUCUCAAAGUCCCAUUAAUUGCUCUCUAUAAUUUUGACAGUGGAACUGCUUUCUCUAAUUUGAUAGUGGGACCACAUAGGUACAACCUGUCAUUUGCAUGGAUUCAUUUAGGAUUUCUGGGGAGAUUGUUAUACAUCUUUGUGUCUCUCAGAAAGGGCAGCAAUGAGCAAAGGGUAAUUUGCUACUUAACUGUAGGCCUCCUUAUCUAGUGUUUUGACUAUCAGUGUUGGAAAAAAAAUCGAUGGGAUAUUCAUACAAUACACUUCAGCUUUCUAGAUAAUCUCCCCUAUGCUGUGAUUUACUUAAAUAUAUAAAGGUAUGGUCUCAAGGUAGUACAGGUAGCUUGAGUGUCUAGAGGCCUUUGGUUAUAAAGGAAUGUAGCCAGUGAGCAUAAUACUCAUUACUAAACUGCCACAAGGAAGAAGCUUACUGACGCUGUAUAUCAGGGUUGAAAAAAUUCAAAGAUGUGCCUAAGUAGGUUGUAAAGAUUUAGGCCAGUCAAGAACUAACAGCAGUUUCAGGUAGAGGUGCAUGUCUAAUGUUAAUCAGUAUAGGUUCCAUUGAUUGCAUCUUUUUAAUCACUGAAAUAAAAGCUUCUACAAAAUUAAA